UUGCUUUCUAAUUUUAGGUAAAAUGAAACUAGUGUUAUCCCUUCUAUCUAGGAUGUCUUUUAAUAUUCAUUCUAUAUUCAGGAAACGGUUAUAGCUACUCUGUGCAGAACAUUGUGUUAGGUGUUAGGGGAGAUACAAAAAUUAAAUAAGAGGCUCUACCCUUUUAGAGCUUGCUACAGUCUCAUAGAGAUUCAAAUACAAAUAACUAUUUUACAAAAUGAUACAAAAAGUACAUAGGGGAGUAUAAACCAUGCAUUUAUCAAGAUCUGUAUAGCAUCAUCUUUACUGAUAGUAGGGGAGAAAGAAGAUUUCAUGGAGAAAGCAGUAUUUAGGAGGCAAAAAAUAGGAUAUUGAUUUGAACUGGACCUUCCAGGAUAGAAGGAUUUUUUCAGGCAGAGGUGGGACUGAAAGAUAUUCCAAUGAUUAAAAAAUGGCUUAUUAUAAACAGAGCCACAGAAGUGACUCAGCAAAGUCCAGAUUGGCUAAAACUUAACCUAUAGGGAUAAGUAAUUGAAGAUAAGACCAAGAAGAUAGAAUGACAUGUGGUUCUGGAAAACCUUAAGUCUCAGUGUGGAGUUUUAUGUGGCAAAGCAGUAAGGAGUCAUUGAAGGAUUUUGAGCAGGGAAAUCUUGUCUUGGUCAGAUUUGUAUUUAUAGAACAUUAGUCAUGAAGAGGUAUGAAAAAGGGAUUAGUGGGAAGAAAAUGGAUUUUAGAAAACUAGUUAGACUUUUAUAGUGCAUCCAGGUAAGAAAGAUAACCCAAACUAGGGCAGUAAUAGUUAUGGUAAUUAUCAUAACACACCUUUAUGGAUAUGCAUUUACAAAGUACUUCCCUCAUAAUCUUUGAGGAAGAUAAGAGAGUAAGGGAUAUAAAUGACAGAUUUCAGAGGCACAUCAAAAACAGAAGAAAAUAAAAGAUAAAACUAGUUCUAAGCAUGACUUGAGUGAAUGGUGAUCUCAGACAGGAUUUAAGGAGAAAGAAAAGUUCAGUUUUAGAUACAUUGAUAUAAGAUGCUAGUGGUUAAUAGAGGUAAAAAUGCUCUAAGUAAUUUAAUAUUUAUCCAUCGGAGGCUUAGAACAAAGAUCAAAGUUGGAAUUAUGAAAUAAGAAAUCAUAUUUAGAUAUUAUUGUUAAAAUCAUGAAAAUGAUUUCCAAGGGAGAGAACUAAGAGCGAGGAUGAACUCUUAGAGAAUUGGGGAAAAGAAAGAGUCAGCAAAAGAGAAAAAUCAGAAACCAAGAGAAAGAAUUAAGAAUGAUGCCUCAGGAAGUUCAUAGAGGAGUAGUAUCAAAAACUGUAGAGAUGUCAAGAAGAAUGAUGUCAUUGGAUUUGUUUAUAUAGUGUAAUACAUAGUAAGUACUUGUUACAUUUUUGGUUGAUUAAUGAAUAGAAGCUAGAUUGCAAGAAGUUGAAUGAACAAUUGUUCAUUACAAAUAGUAGAAGUAUUAAGUAUAAGAUAGAUUGAAGUGAUAAUGAAAAUGAUUUUUGAGAUUAGGAAGACCUGAACAUUUUUCAAGGCAGAUAUAUUAAUCAGAGGGAAAGAUUAAAGAAAGAAGGAGGCAUGAUGAGACAAGGAGACAAAGUAGUGAUGAUUAUUUGGAGAAUGGUCCUGUAAGAAACGGGAAGAAAAAGUGCAGGAAUUAAUCAUAGUAAAUAAUAGGAAUUCCUCAUCUUUUGAGACAGGAUAGAAAAGGAAUGUUUUUCAAGUAAGGACAAGACAUUGAUUAACAGAAAACUGAAGAAAAUACUCCAAAAUGGGAGAACCACAUGAAAGAAAGUAGAGGAUAGAAUGGCUUUUAAGGGGAACAAUAGAUUAAUUUGGCUAGAGAAAAGAUAAAUGGAAGAUUUCGUAAGGAGCCAUUAAAGUUACCAUUUAAGAAAAUUCAGAGCUAAAGUUGAACAUGGCAGAAGAAGAAGAAGACUAUAUGUCUGAUUCCUUCAUUAAUGUGAAAGAAGACAUCAGACCUGGAUUGCCCAUGUUGAGGAGAAUCAGAGAGGCUCAUCAAAAAGAAGAAAAGCAUCGGGAAGCCAAUCUAAAAAACAGACAAAAGAGCUUAAAAGAAGAGGAAAAAGAAAGACGUGAUAAUGUUUUGAAGAGUGCUUUGGGUAGUGAAAAUAAGGGAUUUGCUUUGCUUCAAAAGAUGGGGUAUAAAAGUGGACAGGCUCUUGGCAAGAGUGGUAGUGGCAUUGUUGAACCCAUUCCUCUAAACAUCAAAACAGGAAGAAGUGGCAUUGGUCAUGAGACAUUAAUAAAACGGAAAGCUGAGGAAGAAUUGGAAAAUUACCAAAGAAAAAUCCAUUUGAGAAAGCAAACUGAAGAAAAAGCUGCAGAUCAGUUUCGAUUGCGACUCAAAAGUAAAAAAGAAGAACUUAAGUUAGAAAGUGAUCUUAAAAGAAGUCAGAGAGCCUGCCAUCAAUUAGACACACAGAAGGAUAUUCAAGUUCCUAGGGAGCCAUGGUACUGGUUCAUGCCAGAAAAAGAGGAACAGGAAGAUGAAGAAGAGAAAGGAGAGAAAGAACAGGAAGAAGAUGAAUAUGGUUGUGAAGAAUUAAGUGUAUUAGAAAAAUUAGAAAUUCUGACAAGAUAUUUAAGAGAAGAACAUCAGUACUGUAUUUGGUGUGGAACAACCUAUGAAGAUGAGGAAGAUUUAUCUUUGAACUGCCCUGGACCAACCUCUGCAGAUCAUGACUAAAAAAAUUUCCUAUUAAAAGGGGACCUAGAAAAUGUCAGUGUUUCUUUAAUACUUUGUAUGGUUGAAUAUUUUAAAUUUCACAUUUAUUGAUCAGGGCAAUUCAGAACACCAGACUAUAAAGCUAUAUUUUUCUGCAAGAGUCAUUCAUCAGAAAAAAAAAAAAAAAAAAAAAAGUCAUUCAUCAGUUUGUGAAAAUAGUAAGAUGCUGUUUCAAAGCAAAAAAAAAAAAAAAAAAAAAAAA